GACAGGGUUCAUCUGGAGGAGCUGACGGGGUUCAUCUGGAGGAGCUGACGGGGUUCAUCUGGAGGAGCUGACGGGGUUUAUCUGGAGGAGCUGACAGGGUUCAUCUGGAGGAGCUGACGGGGUUCAUCUGGAGGAGCUGACGGGGUUCAUCUGGAGGAGCUGACAGGAUUCUUACCAACUCUUCAUCAGCGACAGAUUAAACAUGGCCGCAUAGCCCUUGCUGUAUGACAACCACAAACCCGCUAUACCGCAGCCUGUACGAGAGGAUUAUGGAUUAUGGAAUGUCUGCUUGACAACGAUCUAGAUUCAGCUCAAACACUCUAACAAGGAAAUGGCCGCGAGCAUCAACACCUUAGCCGUGGGUGUGAAGGACAAGUCUACCCUGGCAAAAGAAAUGUAUAGCAGUGGAAACCUGAAGGGUGCUUUGGAACAGUUUAAGCUUGCUUUAAGGGAUUCAAAACGUCUUAUAAGAAGGAAGAGGGAAAGUGUCGUUCUUUGUAAACUAAACCUGGCUUCAGCGCAGAUCGGUAGUGAGAUUGAAACCGAAAAGACAGAGGGAAGAAACACUCUGGAGCGGUUACUUGAAGAGAACAAAGAGGACAACAGCUUGUUAGCAUGUAUUAACUUCAAUCUAGCCCUCACAUCGGCGGACAACUCGAGCAAGGAGACGUAUCUGGAGACAUGUCUGGAGAAGCUGAAGCAUGUUGAUGACAAGGAUGACAAGAUUAAAGGGGAGACUCGGCUUCUGAAGCAGAAGGUUCUUGAGGAAAGGCUUCGUCUAAUAGAUGUUAUUGAGAAAGAGGAAAGGGAUAAAGGGAAUGUGUCGGAGGAUAAACAAGAACAUGAUGACAAGAAACAGGAGUCUAUGAAACAAUUAGUGGACGUAUAUAAAGGUAUACUAGAGGGGGCGGAGACGGAGGAGGCUGAGACAGUCAACUGCAGCAAAUGUGUGUCCUGUUUGCUUGCACUGGCCAAUAUGACAGUAGCUCAAAAUAAACAUACUGCUCGAAUAUACGCUGACGAUUGCCUAAGUAUUUUAGACAAAGAUUGGUCGCGUGUCCAAGUCAACACGUGCAAUGAUUUGGCCGUACUCUUCACUGAGGUUGGAGAAUACCGGAAAGCAAAGCUAUGUUUCCGAAGCACACAGCAAUGUCAAAACAUCAAGGAACGCAGAGAUCAAGAGGUUAAAAGUCACAUGUUUCAAAACCUAGGAGCAGUGUGUGUUUUGGAACAAAACUAUAAAGAGGCUACACAAUACUUCAAAGAUGCUUUGGAUGUGUUAGAUGGAAAAGCGAGCGAGCGGCGAGCUCAUCUGUACCUGAACAUGGGUUUUGCGUGGAGUCAGAUGGGGAGGGACUGGAUCUGGAAAACCUACGAGGCUUAUGUCAACGCUGCUAAGUUCUCCGGCUCCGAGUGGUUGGAUGCAGAGAAAGACCUGAGGGUAGAGGCACUGCAAGGCCUGGUACUGGCUGGAAUGGCUAUCCUCGACUAUCGGGAUGGUCUGGGACACUUCUGUGUCAAUGUCGUCCUGAAACAAAACGAUAUGAAUGCUGACGCAGCGGAAAAAUGGCAAAACAUAGAUGUAACUGAUUUCAAGAAAAGAAUGAAAGACGAAAUUAAAGACAUGUAUAUGACUUGUAUUGACAAUGUCAACGAUGCUGUCUUAAACAAGCACUCUGCAGCAGAGGGUUGAAAGGGCAUUGUAUAUAUCACAAAGGACAAGCACUCUGCAGCAGAGGGUUGAAAGAACAUUGUAUAUAUCACAAAGGACAAGCACUCUGCAGCAGAGGGUUGAAAGGAGAUUGUAUAUAUCACAAAGGACAAGCACUCUGCAGCAGAGGGUUGAGAGGACAUUGUAUAUAUCACAAAGGACAAGCACUCUGCAGCAGAGGGUUGAGAGGACAUUGUAUAUAUCACAAAGGACAAGCACUCUGCAGCAGAGGGUUGAAAGAACAUUGUAUAUAUCACAAAGGACAAGCACUCUGCAGCAGAGGGUUGAAAGGAGAUUGUAUAUAUCACAAAGGACAAGCACUCUGCAGCAGAGGGUUGAAAGGAGAUUGUAUAUAUCACAAAGGACAAGCACUCUGCAGCAGAGGGUUGAGAGGACAUUGUAUAUAUCACAAAGGACAAGCACUCUGCAGCAGAGGGUUGAGAGGACAUUGUAUAUAUCACAAAGGACAAGCACUCUGCAGCAGAGGGUUGAAAGAACAUUGUAUAUAUCACAAAGGACAAGCACUCUGCAGCAGAGGGUUGAAAGGAGAUUGUAUAUAUCACAAAGGACAAGCACUCUGCAGCAGAGGGUUGAAAGGAGAUUGUAUAUAUCACAAAGGACAAGCACUCUGCAGCAGAGGGUUGAGAGGACAUUGUAUAUAUCACAAAGGACAAGCACUCUGCAGCAGAGGGUUGAGAGGACAUUGUAUAUAUCACAAAGGACAAGCACUCUGCAGCAGAGGGUUGAAAGAACAUUGUAUAUAUCACAAAGGACAAGCACUCUGCAGCAGAGGGUUGAGAGGACAUUGUAUAUAUCACAAAGGACAAGCACUCUGCAGCAGAGGGUUGAAAGGAGAUUGUAUAUAUCACAAAGGACAAGCACUCUGCAGCAGAGGGUUGAAAGGACAUUGUAUAUAUCACAAAGGACUGAUCGGUGACAUUCAUGUACUUCUGUAGUUCAUUGUCAUAUUGGCCGAUGUGGAACAAGCUUUGUCUGAAUGAGCAAACGCUAAUUACCCUGUAGCCGUGACAUGUCUGUCAAGAAUCACUUAACCGCAAUUUCUGUUAGAUGCUAAUCCCCAUUGUUAAUCCCAAUUUUAUUAUACAUUGGCUUUCUGCCAUCCUGAACGAGCUGUGCAUCUGUCACUUAUUAAUUAAUGAUUAUUUACUGUUAUUUGUAUUAUGACAUAUAUAACCUUAAUGUAUUAUCCCCUUGGCUGUAUCGGUAAUCAUAGGUCCCAUGUCAGGAACACGUCAUUGUCUCUUCGUCUGUCCAUUGUUAUCCAUUGCUAUAUAUGUGUGUACAUCUUUACUGUUAGUCAGUCUGGUAUGCCGAGUGCUGGUGUACCGGCGAACGUGAGCAGGGUGUGCCGCUCGGAGGAAACGCCCGGGGGUUGAGCUGGAACUCUCUCCCCUCAUGUAUGUCUGAGCUCAUUGUUGUGCUGUGUUAUCAGAGCAGGUAUUACGCGCUUUGUUUAUUUGUUGUUUAUUGUUUAUCUGUUGUGUAUUAAACGUUCCAGAACAGUGA